CCACUUUCUACGACAAAAACAACGCAGAUUUCGAGCCCCGUACCCUUUCAACUACCAACACGUUCCGGCGUCUCCGAUAAAUAAUGGCCGAUUACCAGCCGUUACCUGAAAUUGAGGAGCAGCCGCAACCUUCACUGACCAGUGUGAAACCCACACGUGUUGUCUCCGUUGACGUCUUUCGUGGACUCUGUGUCUUCCUAAUGAUGCUGGUGGACUAUGGAGGAGCAGUGUUUCCAGUAAUUGCUCAUUCGCCAUGGAAUGGGCUUCGCUUGGCCGAAUUUGUGAUGCCUUUCUUUCUUUUCAUUGCUGGGAUUUCUACUGCACUAGCCUUCAAGAAAGUACCAAACAAAGUAGACGCCACAAGCAAGACAGUGCUUAGGGCAGUGAAACUGUUUUUACUUGGUGUGCUUCUUCAAGGUGGCUAUUUUCAUGGAACUAAAUCCUUGACAUAUGGUGUUGACAUUGUAAAAAUACGUUGGCUUGGCGUUUUGCAGAGAAUAUCCAUUGGAUAUGUUGUUGCAGCUUUAUGCGAAAUCUGGCUUACACAUCGAACACAGAGAGAAGUAAAAUUUGUCAGGAGUUAUUGUUGGCACUGGUGCUUGGCAUUUUCAAUAUCUGCAAUAUAUGCAGGAUUAUUGUAUGGUCUAUAUGUUCCUGAUUGGCAAAUCAAAGUAUCUAAUGCAACCAUUUAUUCACUUCCAUCAAAUGAUGCAAAUUUAUACACGGUGAUAUGUUCUGUAAGGGGUGACCUUGGACCUGCUUGUAAUUCAGCUGGAAUGAUUGAUCGUUUGGUUCUUGGUGUUGAUCAUUUAUAUGCAAAGCCUGUUUACAGAAAUUUGAAGGAGUGUAACAUUUCCACGAGUGGCCAAGUUCCAGACACUUCACCCGCAUGGUGUCAUGCUCCUUUUGAUCCUGAAGGUCUUUUAAGCUCUUUAACAGCCGCUGUGACCUGCAUAAUUGGACUGCAAUAUGGUCACGUUCUUGCGCAUUUACAGGACCACAAGGGGCGGUUAUGUCACUGGUCCUUGUUUUCUGUCUUGCUUCUAGUCCUUGGGCUGUUCCUUGUCUUCAUAGGCAUCCCUGUCAAUAAAUCUCUUUAUACAAUAAAUUAUAUGUUGAUCACUUCAGCUUCUGCGGGAAUAACAUUCUGCUUCUUCUAUCUACUGGUCGAUGUUUAUGGUUACAGAUACUUGACAUUUAUACUUGAGUGGAUGGGAAUCCAUUCUUUGAGCAUUUUUGUUCUUGUAACUUCGAACUUGGCUGUUAUGUCAAUUCAAGGAUUCUAUUUGUCUGUUCCAGCAAAUAACAUCAAGAUGUCGAAAGAUGUGAUUGAGGGAGAGCGGAGCCAGGGGAAGGACUACGUGGAUCCACCACCAGCACCACUCAUCGACAUAGCUGAGCUCAAGCUCUGGUCCUUCUACAGAGCUCUUAUAGCUGAGUUCAUAGCUACCCUUCUCUUCCUGUACGUCACUGUUGCUACUGUUAUCGGCCACAAGAAACAAACCGGACCUUGUGAUGGUGUUGGUCUCUUGGGUAUUGCUUGGGCCUUCGGUGGCAUGAUCUUCGUUCUCGUUUACUGCACGGCUGGUAUCUCUGGUGGUCACAUUAACCCGGCAGUGACACUCGGGCUGUUUUUGGCUCGCAAGGUUUCUCUGAUUAGGGCCUUGGCUUACAUGGUGGCUCAGUGCUUAGGAGCCAUCUGUGGUGUUGGCUUGGUCAAGGCCUUCAUGAAGCACGAGUACAACUCUCUUGGUGGUGGUGCGAACUCUGUUGCUCCUGGUUACAGCAAAGGCACUGCCUUGGGUGCUGAGAUUAUUGGCACCUUUGUGCUCGUCUACACCGUUUUCUCUGCCACCGACCCCAAGAGAAGCGCACGUGACUCUCACGUUCCUGUGUUGGCUCCACUGCCUAUCGGGUUUGCGGUGUUCAUGGUCCAUCUUGCCACCAUCCCCAUAACUGGAACUGGUAUUAACCCAGCUAGGAGCUUCGGUGCUGCUGUUAUCUACAACAAUGACAAAUCUUGGGAUGACCAUUGGAUCUUCUGGGUUGGACCAUUUGCGGGAGCACUAGCAGCAGCAGCAUACCACCAGUAUAUAUUGAGAGCAGGAGCUAUCAAGGCCCUUGGAUCCUUCAGAAGCAACCCAACCAACUAAGAGAGAAGAAGAAGAAACAAAACUUCACCCUGAAAAUCAUGAAAAAAAAUUCGCAUAUCCCCCCUCCCGCCCUUUAUCUAUUUGUUUGUUUGUGUGUAUGAGAGGAUUAUUAUUAUUAUGAUCAUGAUCAUGAAGACAUGAACCCUUUUUUUCUUUUAAUUUUAGUUUUAUAUUUUGUUUGUUACUUUGAGGCUGUGUAUGGCAUUGUUAAUUAUUCUCUUCUAUUGAAGUUUCCAUUAUCUCCA